GAUUGGUCCGAAUUUUGUACCAUUUCACUAAUCGAUAUCGUUUCACAUUUUUUCGCGCCAUCAGCAGGGAGGCGUCUGUCUGUCGUUUAGGGAUGCUUGCUUGUAGCUCGUUCUUGAUGCCGAUUCUGCCAGCCGCGUACUGGUCUUUGCAAUGGCGCCAGAUGAUGCUGGUUUCUCCACUGCCGGAACGCAUUGGACGCCUGCCAUUGAAGUCAGCUUAAACGUUGGAGUGUGUUUGGGCUUAGCAAUAGGCGCAUUGCAGACUGACUGAACGGAGUGUUCCCGGGAGUCUAUUUUAAUACGCAUCGCGUAUCAUUGACAUUCUAUUCAUCCUUGCGAUCUUCAUCCACACAUACAUCGAGUGUCUUGCACAUAAUACCCCCAAAGUAAUAAUCAUUUGUACCUAACUGGAAGUCACGCCACUCCAUUCGAUGAUAUACGCACAAAGGACCCAAGGCUUGGAGCACCAGUCCGCUACAUACCACUUCGCUAAACCGACCCAGCUUCGACGAAACCCCUUAGCGUACUUCAAGCCGUUACUAGUAGCCCAGUUGCAGAAAUUUGGGGCUCAAGGACACCUUGAAGAGACAGUUGAUCUGCUCUCCGUCAACUUCGUGAUGUCUAUGCUCUUUAGCGACAUCCGAGGAUUCAUCAAGCAACACAGAGGUUUCCCUCGUUUCGUGCUCACGGUCGAAGAUCGUAACGACAAAGCUGCAUCCAUAUACAAUGGCACACAGCUACCUUGCAAAAGCCUAAUCGGUGCGGUCGUUGAGAGUCAUGAUAGCGAUGCCAGGCUCUUGAGCGAUGCAUGGAAGUUCUGGGUCGGCGAGUGGUUAAUCUCCAUGUUGAAGGACUUGGAUGGCUCGUUCAAUUUGUUUCUGAAUGAUAGGUUAGUCGCUGUAUGGGCCCCCAACACAGAUGAUAAGGAGAUCUUAGGAUUUGACCUUAAGGAUUCGAAUACACUUGCGAUCAUCGCUAGUUUAAGGAGGGGUCGGUUGACAGUCAACGGGUCGGAACAACUCUUGAACGCUGUGUGUUGCAACAUGGACACGGUGGAUAAGUCUAUAAGAAGAACGCGUAGCAAUCAAGAGGAAGGGCGUCACAUAGUAUUAUCCACCGCCAUGUGGGUGACUCACAUAGAAGGAUGGUUCACGGUCCAUUCCUCGUAACCUUACAAAUAGAGGAGGCCUGUGUGUCGUUUAUAUUUUCAACUUCAAUUUCUAAGUUAUCUAAACAACCGG